GUCGACUUCGUCAUUCAAACUUCUCUCAAGAAGCUAGGAGAUAUCGCUUUCUGACUGGUGCUUUAAGGUUUCCCACUAGUAUGACUGAGGACCACCCAAUCACCAACUCGAAUGUAUGUGAAAUUGUUCAAUGGCGAGUACGGUUGCUUCUAAGUAAUUGGUCAGUCUGGCUCACUUGCGAUGAUACGCACACAGUGGUUCCGAUACUACUUUGCUCAGAGUUCACCGGCACCAUGAGCAACCUCUGUAUCUUUGACUCUUCAACUCAUACCUACACCCUUGACUUGUCGGCAUAUCUGGGGCCCGAGUUGAGAUUUUGUGUUGUGUUCCUGAUGAUCUGUCUAUUCCGAGGAUUUAUACCACAGUUCACCCGGUACCAUUACAUCCUGCCACCGCGGUUCAUCGCACUUAAGCUAGCCGCACCGGGUCUGUCGACUUCCCAGCCACUGUAUGUGGAGCGGACGGUCUCUAUUCAACAUCCAAUGACUAUCUUGGGAGCCUCUAGGACACUCUCAGAUUGGUGCUCCGUACCCUCGUGUUCCGUUUCCAACCCUCCGGUAUCUCCGAGCACCAUUAGCACUAUAGCGCGAACCUUGUGUAGUGGAACCUUGUAUAGCGGGACAAGCAGCUGUUACCAGGGAAGCUCCGAAUACCACGGAAUGUUCUCCCGUUGCUUCCUGAAUUUCACCGGCUUGCAUAUCUCUUUCGCACGGACUGAUUUUUUUUUUUCAAACGAUACCGUCAAGCCUGUUUAUGUUGCCCAGGGCUUUGUCGACGUCAUCGUGUUCCGGGAAUAAUGCCGGUCUCCUGUGAUGCAUCCAUGGACAAUGUUAUGGACUUCAAAGACACAUCAUUUCAACGGUUUCUUGAGACUCUCGCCUCUAUUUAUCUCGCACCAAUGGACUACAAAUGAAUACUGCAUAUCUAAAACACAACUAGUAAUUAUUCCUAGAGAAGCUACACUAUCCAGCAGAGCAGCAUUAAGUACUUUCGAACCUAAUCCCCACGCCUGAACUGGUUGCACCUCGCAGA